AUGAAGAAUUAUAUUAUGGUGCUGGCUCUCUCGAUGUGGUACUUUACGAAGUCAACACAUGUAACAGGAGUGAGAAAUAUUACACACGGUGUAUCGAGGCAUAUACGAUCUAUCGGAUUUCCCGAGGGUAGCAAUACAGGGAUAUUCUUCGCCUUGGGAAUUCCCGUAGAUAUCCCAGACAAAUCUAUAGCGGUGUCGUUUUACUUCGAGGCAAAUUAUGGAUUACCGUACGAAUGGAAUUCGAGUUACUAUCACGAGGGAAGUUAUUACGCAAAACGAAGUCUCAGCCGUCAAUUAGUAUACAAGAUGCUCACAAGCAAAAUUGACAGCCUGGGCUAUCCUGGACUGGACUGUUUGCUGAGAAUAAUCUGCGAAGCUGAAAAAUAUUCCUUAAACGAAAACGGCGUGCUUGGUGACAUUCUCCAAAUUAUAUUCACACCCUCUAUGUCGAUGAGCGAAGAUCUUCCGGAUGAGAUAAUCGAAGCCGAACGCGAGCAACAUUGUGAUCAGCGUUACAAACAAUGUCCUGUAAAUCUUUUAGAUCUAGCAAGCCAUUAUGUCAAUGCUAAUUGAAUAAUUCUGCUUAAUUACACUGGUAUCGAGAAUAUUUGAAAAGUUCGUUAAGCCAGUUUUGUCGAAAGAUCGUACGAAAUCUUCAUUAUAAACUUUAUCAGAUGUAUGGAUGAUAUCUGUGUAUGAGAUCUCUGUUGUAUUAAAUGUUAUAUUAAAUCAACAGAAACACAUGGCGGGUUUUGAUAACAUGAUGUAAUGAAUUAAUAAAAGAAAUUGUGUAAAUCUGUAACAUAACUUGGAACAGAAUUAAUAGCAAAAAAAUCACAGAAAUCUGAAAUUGGGAAUGUUUCAAAUCGCUUUCUUCGCAACUACUUCGCUUUGUAUUUGAACUUCCUUAAUCUGGUUCAUUAUAUAAAUAUAUAUUUACAUGUCUUAAAGCUCUUUUUUAUUUCAACCCUAGACAUCUUUUGUGACCUCAAACUUAUUAAAAAAAAAGAUAUUUAUCAAUAUUGUAACAUAAAUAUUAUAAUAAUUGAUGGGAGUUUUAAAUCUUUACACGUUUCAUCAAUAAGCUGAACAUAAAAUCAAUAUAAAACGAAAAAUAACAAUAAAAAUCAACAACAAUUAGAAAUCUCAAUGAAAUUUGAUUGUACUUUCUAAAUAUAAAUCUAAUAAAGAAGAAAAAGAGAAAGAUAUGAU